AUGUCGCAUUCUAUAGCAUCUUUGAAUUCGUCGUCGUCGCCAGACCACUCCAACUAUGGGUCGCCACGUCUAGUUCCUGCGCAGGCAGACAACGCAGACCUCGAAUUGGGUAGCACGCCACAGGCGUACGACCCGGAGGAUGCCCGCUCGCAAAUCUCGGGCGAGCUUAAUUCCACGCUUUCCAGAUCAGAGUCCUUAAGAAUGGUCAAGACAGAGACAGCAAAGUCUCUUCGAGAUAGAGGACUUUCCAGAGAGGUGUCAGCUGUUGACGUGAACAGACCACAAAAUGUGGAAAACCCGGUGUUCCCUGAAGAAUACACUCUCGAGACCCAGACCGGUUUGGUCCCUGUUGCUACUUUGCAGGAUAUGGGAAGAGCCAGAUCGAACAUUCAUGCGCCCAAGCCUCAAGGCGACUCGCAAAGCUCCUCGGAGACCGACGAAAAGGAGGCCGCUGCAGCUGCUCCAGACUUGGAUCCGGAAAUUGAGUUUGUCACAUUCACGAUCAACGACCCAGACAACCCAAUGAACUGGAACGCCACUCUCAGAUGGAUCUAUACCAUUGUUUUAUCCUUGAUGGUGGUUUGUGUUGCCUUUGGAUCGUCUGUUGUGACUGGUUCCUUGGGCUUGAUCAGCGACAAGUACCACGUUAGCGAGGAAGUGUCGAUCCUGACAUGUUCGUUGAUGGUGUUAGGAUUUUCUGUCGGACCCCUGAUCUGGUCGCCUUUAUCGGAACAGAUUGGUAGAAGACCGGUUUACUUCAUUUCGUUCUUGCUCUACUUCAUCUUCAACAUUCCGUGUGCUGUGGGAAAGAACAUCGGUACGAUUCUGGUGUGUCGUUUCCUGUGCGGUGUGUUUGCUGCGUCCGGAUUGGCAAAUGUGGGAGGUUCGAUUUCCGAUCUUUUCCCAACCAGUACAAGAGGUAAGGCCAUUGCCUACUUCGCUGCUGCCCCAUACGGUGGUCCGGUGAUCGGUCCUCUUGUGGCUGGUUUUAUCACCAGAUACUCGGGCAGAAUCGAGCUUGUUUUCUGGGUCAAUUUUGCCUUUUCCGGUCUCAUGUGGAUCGCUGCAAGCUUGAUUCCAGAGACUUAUGCACCAGUGAUUUUGAAACGCAAGGCCAAGAAGUUGAGAAAAGAAACCGGAAACCCAAAGAUCAUGACUGAACAGGAAGCUGUUGGACUGUCUUUGAAAGAGCUGAUCCAAACGUGUUUGUACAGACCGUUGAUGUUUGCCUUGACCGAACCUGUUCUGGACUUGAUGUGCUUCUACGUGUGUCUGAUCUACUCGCUUUUGUAUGCUUUCUUCUUUGCAUACCCAGCCGUUUUCGGUGAACUUUACGGAUACGGUGAUGAUCUUGUUGGAAUGAUGUUGAUUCCUAUUUUGAUCGGUGCUUUCCUCGCGUUGCUCACAACCCCUAUUCUGGAGAACUACUACGUCAAAACCACCAAAACCAGACAACCGACCCCAGAAGACCGUUUAAUUGGAGCCAUGCUGGGCUCUCCGUUCCCAGCCAUCGCUCUGUGGAUCUUGGGAGCAACCUCCUACAAACACAUUAUCUGGGUGGGUCCUGCAUCUUCAGGACUGGCUUUCGGUUACGGUAUGGUGCUGAUCUACUACUCUUUGAACAACUACAUCAUUGACACUUACGCCAAAUACGCCGCUUCUGCUUUGGCUACCAAGGUGUUUUUGAGAUCCGCUGGAGGAGCAGCAUUCCCGCUCUUCACCACGCAAAUGUAUCAUAAAUUGGGCUUGCAAUGGGCUUCGUGGCUUCUUGCAUUCAUUUCCACUGCAAUGAUCCUUUUGCCAUUCUCGUUCUACAAGUGGGGACCACAGCUCAGAAAGAAGCUGUGUAGAGAAAACUACAGUGCAUGGGAUGAUUAA